GGCCAGGCGGCCAGUGGGGAGGCAGCUCGGCCGGCUGGGCUCGGCUCGGCCCGGUUCCAUUGGCCGCUGGCUCCGCGGCGCCGUGCGCUCUGCAGCGCGCUUUGGAGAGGAGGCGCGGCCUGCGCUGGCCCGGGACUCUUCCUCGAUCCCCGUCCUUCCUGCUCCUGCCCUUGGCGCCCCGGGGCAGCCGGCCAUGGGAUCGCCGGCCGAGGAGCCUCCGCUGCCGGCGCCGGACCUUUACCGCGACACGUGGGUGCGCUACCUGGGAGCUCAAGGUUACGCCAACGAGGUCGGGGAGUCUUUCCGGGCCAUCGUGCCCGUCUCGUUGGUCUGGGCCAGCUAUGGAGUAGCAACUGCCUACGUGGCGGCCGACGCAAUCGACAAGGGCAAGAAGGCGGCUGCUGCGAAGGCCGUGGACGAAGGGAGGAGCAAGCAUGCCGCAGUGGCGGUCGUGGACACAUUUAUAUGGCAGGCUCUGGCUUCCGUGGCCAUUCCUGGCUUCACCAUUAACCGCAUCUGCGCAGGGUCACUCUACCUCAUGGCCAGCAUGACGCACUGGCCUCUCUCGGUCAGGAAGUGGGCCACCACCGCCGUGGGACUCUCGGCCAUUCCUUUCAUCAUCAAACCCAUCGACAGGUCAGUGGAUUUCUUGAUGGACUCCAGUCUCCGCAAACUCUACAAGACAGAAGAGUAAGAGGAAGUCCUCCUUCCCCUGGCCUACCAGAGCCUCCGAUAGCAAAACCGGGCUGUCAUCCACCCUCAAAGCCACUACCUCUUUCUCUCUGGUCUCCAUGUUAUCUAGACUUCUAAAAUAUUGAAAUCCAGCUUAGUGGGACCUGUGCUGAACCAGUGCAGCUUGGUACUCUGGAUCCAAUGAGGAUGGAUCUUCUGGACAGCUCAGGAUGUGUCCUAAAAGCCUACGUAGAGACUGGUCCAUUUCCCAUGCCAACAGAACUUGCAUGUGGCCUUCUAGAAAUCCUUUCACAUCCUUGUUCAGGUCAAUGCCACCCCAGAUAAGGGGGGGGGCGCUGGGAUGUACUUAAGCACAACCUGUUAUUUUUUUAGGGUUCCUGGCAGCUGUUUCCCAGUAGCAAUGUGGACUAGCCUGCUGACAGUUUAUUUUGCACUCCCAGCUAUGGGAGUGGUUAAUUGCACUAACCGUUAACAACUUAAGUAGAGCCAGUUCUAAAUGGCUCCCGUUACUGCUGCUCAGCUGAAAAAGGUUAUUUGUAGUUCCUUCAAUCUGGCUUAAUGAUAGUGACACUGUACACACUAUGCGUUUAAAGAAUGACACCCCUCAAAAAUUUCUGGGUUUAUAGUUCUGGGGUAAACUUCAAGAGAUGGAAUGGAUUCCAAGGUUCAUCCUAGUCCAGCCACCUGCAUGGUGUGUACCCAAGCCAGUGAGAAUUUUAGCAUAUAAAUAAACGAAACAACUUUCCGUA